AUGAAUUUUGGUGAACCGCCUCCAGAUGUUAUUGCUCGAUUAUAUAAUGAAAUAAAAGAAAAAAAAAUUCUUGAACUUGAUUGGAAAAGUCCAGGUAAAAAGAAUCGAACAAAGAAACAAAAAAAUACAGAAAAAAAUAUUAGUCCUAUAAAGUCUGAUGAAUCAACAAAUUCAAAAUCUGAAGACAAUAAAUUAAUGAAUGAAAUUGAUGAAUUUGAUAAUGAUGAUGCAUUAACAUCAAACAAUAUAACUGUUUCAUCAUUUCGUUCAGCUGUUGGUAAACCAAAAACAUCUGAAAAACGACUUAUUGAUAUGAAUACUGUUAUUGCCAAUAUUGAACGACAACAACAAGAAGAUGAACGACUUCGACAAGGUAUGAAUACUUCAUCAGGUGGCAAACCUUGA